AUGGUUGUAUAUUUCACCUGCCGGUUGCUGGUCUCAUGUCUCGUCUUACCUGGCAUCUUGCUCGGGGACUUGGUCUUCCGAUGUCCGAGUUGCACGGCGGAGCGGCUGGCUGCUUGUCCCAUGGUCACAACGGCGUGUGCUGAGAUAGUGCGGGAGCCGGGCUGCGGCUGCUGUCCGGUGUGCGCCAGGCUGGAGGGGGAGCUGUGCGGGGUCUACACGCCGAGAUGCUCCACCGGGCUGAGGUGCUACCCCAGCGCCGAUGCCGCAUUGCCUUUACAACAGCUUAUCCAGGGCUUAGGCCGGUGCUCGCAAAAAGUGAACGUAGAAGUCUCGGCCAGUCAAAACGAGGUGGACAGCACGGAGGGUCCACCUGUGAAGAAGCCACCCUGGAUAUGGCCGAAAGAGAACGCCAAGCAGCAACACCUGAAUGAUCUCAAAAGCAAAAUGAAGACGAAUCGCCCAGAUGAACCUCGGACCCAGAUAUUGCCACAGAAUUCCUGUGAGCAGGAGCUGGACAAGGUCCUGGAGGAGAUCUCCAGGAUGACCUUCCAGGAUAACGGAGGCACACUGGAGAACCUGUACGAGCUCAGAUUUCCAAACUGUGAUAGACAUGGAAUGUACAACUUGAAACAGUGUAACAUGUCUACCCAUGGCAAACGGGGUGAGUGCUGGUGCGUAAACCCCUUGACGGGGGUCCAGAUUCCAGCAACGCCCAAGAUCCGGGGGGACCCCAACUGUAACCAGUUCCAGGAGGAGCUCAGACCGCUGCCCACGCUGGCAGCCCUCCGCUAGCACACACCAUACCGCAUAUCAGCGGUGGGGAGAAAUGACGGGGUCAUCGUCAUAAGUCACGGGGUUGAGGGUCAAAAAGCGAGAGUGAAUUCUAGGUUCUGGGGUUCUCCUAGUCCCGUUCGUGGUGAAAUAAUUUGAAAGAUCAAUGUUCAAGCUGAAAUUUGGAUCUCAUUCUUUAAUCAGAUGAGACGCCGGUGGACUGACCCUGGCGAAGACGGAGCAGACAGCAGAGUUGUAGGAUUAAACGAUAAGGUUUGGUCUGUGUUUACAGUAAGUUCAGGAUACUGUGUGUUAAAUCUUUCCCACCUCGUUAUGCGAAGCUAAUACACCUUUUUGAUUUGCAGUUUUAAUUUUUUCAGCCAUGUGUUUAGGCCCAUUUGUCAAAUAAUUUAUUUUUGACCAGAAUCUUGCAAUUACAUGGUCAAAAUGUCUCGUUAGCAAACUUUAUUUGUUAAUUGCGUGUAUAGUUUACGGUCUUUCUUUCCUCCAUAAUUAGCGGCGCUGGAACACCAUCAGAGAUAAAAGAUUAGAGUGUUAUCCCAUCUCACCUUUACAAGUAAACGAGCGCAGACCCAGGCUGUUGUUUGAUCAGUGCCUCACAUGUCGUACAGGAAGUAUUCUGCUGUUAUGAAAGACUCUUCCUGUCCUGAGAGUUCCCUGUCAGCACCAAACAAACACGCUGAACAAACACAAACAAACCUGGGGUAUAAUACCGUGGACUCCAGGCAUAUGCUAAAUGUUUUGUGUGCCUUUGUGUGUGUGUGAGUGAGUGACUGAGGGAGUGUCUGAAUGAGUGUGUGUGUGCGGGUGUGAGUGAGUGGGUGAGUGUGUGUGUGUGUGUGUGUGAGUGGGUGAGUGAAUGUGUGAGUGUGUGUGUGAUUGAGUGAGGGAGUGAGUGUGAGCGAGUGAGUGAGUGGGUGAGUGUGUGUGAGUGAGUGAGUGUGUGUGUGUGUGUGUGUGUGUGUGUGAGUGAGUGUGUGUGUGAAUGAGUGAGGGAGGGAGUGAGUGAGUGUGUGAGUGUAAGUGAGUGGUGAGUGUGUGUGUGUGUGUGUGUGUGUGUGUGUGUGUGUGUGUGUGUGUGUGUGUGAAUGAGUGAGGGAGUGAGUGAGUGGGUGAGUGUGUGUGAGUGAGUGAGUGAGUGUGUGUGAGUGGGUGAGUGACUAAGAGCGUGUGUGUGAGUGAGUGAGUGAGUGGGUGAGUGACUAAGAGUGUGUGUGUGUGUGAGUGAGUGGGUGAGUGACUAAGAGUGUGUGUGUGUGUGAGUGAGUGAGUGAGUGUGUGUGUGUGUGUGUGUGUGUGUGUGUAUGUAUGUGAGUGAGUGUGUGUGUGUGUGUGAGUGAGUGAGUGAGUGAGUGAGUGAGUGAGUGAGUGACUAAGAGUGUGUGUGUGUGUGUGUGUGUGUGUGUGUGUGUGUGUGUGUGUGUGGUGGAGAGGACCAUCUGAGUACACAUGGCUAAAUCACUACGGUGCUAACAUAUCUGUCCCCGGCCACCCUUGGUCAGGGGCUCUGAGAUGCUGCAGCCCCUAGCUGGAUGUUAUGCUAAACAUGAGAGGUUGCUGUUGUGUUUUUGCAUUGGACUGCACUGGUCCAUCAGGCAGCAACGGCCUCCUGUUUGUACAGCUGCUUGCCUUAUCAACAAGCUUUAAAUUUAUUCAACCUUUCUCUCCACGAGUCAAUCCGAGCGAGUAACUCACAGUAUACACAGGUGCUUCCCUUAAUCCUUUGACAUGUCAGAGAUCCAACUGUACAAUCUAUGACACCCUAUUUUUGGUGGGCACAAAUGCCACACAACUUUAGGUGUGUAUGGCAUGCGCUUAUGUUGUAAUUAAGAAUUUGACAUAAUGCUUUUUCCAUUGAUACCCUCAUGAUUUAUUUGUUUUGACUAGUAAUGUGCCAGAGUUUUUAUAUAGUACAGUCUGUAUUUGAAGUGGAGAAGAUUUUUCAAAAUCAACUAAUUAAAAUCCAACUAUGUUCUCCAUUUACCAGCUUGUGUCUCUCUGCUAUACAAUCUACCAUAUUGAAAAGCCAUAAUGCACCGCUUGGAUGUGUGUGUGUGUGUGUGUGUGUGUGUGUGUG